AAGUGCAAAUCCUAUCGUUACUUGUUGUGUCUGUUGGUCGUAUCUUACUGCUCUCUGUUAGCGGACUCCGAUGGAUUGCGGUCAGUUUGGCGGACUAUAACACUCAUGGCUGUUUCUGUACCUUGCUUGAAAGUAACAGUAGAUGUUGAUGGUUGUGAUGUACCGGCUGAACAGAAAGACCAAAUAUUGUCACCAAUUUAUUGUUCAUGUCAGUCUGAAUUUUGCAACUGCGGUUCCACAUUAGCGAUUACUCAGGCUUCUGCUGCAAAGAUUUAUCACCACUUAGGUUUUCCAAAAGGAAGGAAUGAAAUAUUAGAACAGGGUUAUAGAUCAAAUGCUCUUCAUAUUUGGGGUACUCACAAUCUUAGUACAGAGGAUGUUUUAUCUUGGUUAUCUGAUUACAGCCCAAAAUGUAUCGAAUGGAUAAAUGAUGCAUCAUGCAAUGUCGUGUUUGAAGAUGAAAAUACUGUUCUACGCGCUAUAGCCGAUUUCGCUGAACCAUUUGAUCGUCGUGUUGCAUUAGCUGCAGCUGCUGCUUUGGCCUCACUCUUAGAAAAAGAUGAUAUUAAUCAUGUAGGCUUAAGUCAGUCAGAUAAUUUAGACGAAAUAUUUGAAGAUCGUAAAUCUCUGACAUUAUCAAAUGAAACACUGGAUUCUAUUGAACAAUUUUCUCAACAUCUACCUCCAACCGGACGUUGGUAUAAGGCAUUGUCAGUUCCACCUCAAACAAUAUCACUUUUUCUACGAUUCCCACAUAAAACGGAUGUAAAACUACCUGGGGCAGAACGUCGAAGUCUUUAUUACCGCCGUUUUGGUAACCCUAAUUAUGGUGGAAUGACUGGUAUUUUAAGUCGUUCAUACAGACGUCGUGUUCGGAUAUCGCGAAUUAAAUCCAGCAACGAUCCUAACGGUGACUCGCGUCAUAUUGAAAGUUUAUCUGCACAAUUUGCCGAGCUGGUUGCCAACGCUUAUGAUGAUCCCGAUUCAGUAGUUAGUCAAAUCGUUGGUAAUAGUAACUACAAUAUAUGGAAUUCGGCUUCUCAAGCACCUGCACCUGAGCGCCCACUUAUUGUUUACGAUAAUCUGUAUGACGAGUCAGAUCAAGUAGCUCAUCCCGCAAUAUUUCCCAAAUAUACUACAAAGUCUAACACAAGACAGCGUCGAAAUGCUAGCGAGUUUCCUGUACCUAAACCUCGACGACAGCCUCACAAAUGGCCUCGUCGAGAUCGCGGUCCAAUACCAAAUCGCUGGUUGACGAAUGAAGACGAUGACGAAGAUGAGGAUGAUAUAUUUGAAACUCCAGAACCUGGGACGAUUGUAGUUUUAGAUCCACGGGAACCAUGGGGGAGUGCAUUGUCUGGUGACUCUAAACCAUCCCUGCGCUCAAGUGGCUCCAGUCGUGUCAAACCUGCUAAUCGUCAUUAUCCUCGUAGCAUUGCAACAGUAACAUUAAUGCCUGAUACCGAUGUUAAUGAUGGUAUUAAUUUAGUUGAGGACGAAAAUGCCCUCAGAACCAGGCGUUUGUUGGCGUCAAUGAGCAUGGUUGCAGAUAUAGAAUCCAACUCCGGAAGACCUCGGUCUGUUUCAGAACGUCUUGGUGUUCCUGGAAAUCGUCCAAUUAAAUCACGUAAACCAAAUAUUUGGCAACGCUUGGGCUAAACUUCGUUUUUUUAUUUACUGUUCUUUGUAGAAGCCUUUUAAUUUCCUUCGCCGGAUCCUUCUGUUGUUAUAUUAUAUAUUUUUAUCUUUAGUCUAGUGUAUAUAUAUAUAUAAACAUCCAGUAUUAUCCUUCUUGCUUUUCUUAAUUUCACUCAGCGUGUAUUAUUCUAACCACUAGUUGUAAAUAUAAAAGAGAUUUAUUUACACUAACAA